AUGUCCUUCUCAGUGGCUGCCCUCACCGAGCGAAGUCCAUGUGCGACUCCACAGCCUCCAAAAGAGGGAAGAAUUUGGGAGCGCUGCCUCGAAACAACAGCUCUUCCUGCUCUCUGGAGCUCUCAAGAGGCUCCAGACGGGUUAUGUGGCACGGGGAGCAUCCCAACCAAGAUCGGGAACCCCAUGGGGAUGUCUCGUCGUGAAAUGGAGACACAACGUCUGGCUGCACACGGACACCUGAGGUCGUCUCACAACCUACCAGCCCUGACCCUUGCAGAUUCCUCCGCGAGCCUUUACCCCGCGCUCGCGUGGGACUCCUCGGCGUUUUCCCCGGUCACCUGCAGGCUGCGCAACGCGGCGGGCGCCGGGACGCGGCCGCCCCGCAACCGGGAGGGCGGAGCAAAGCGUGACUAUGAAGGCUUUCUGUGUUCUCUGCUCAUGCCUGCAGAAUCCCGAACUUCUGCUUUUGCCCUGAGAGCUUUCAAUGUGGAACUGGCUCAGAUUAAAGACUCCAUAACUCAAAAGGGUACCGGUUUGAUGCGGAUGCAGUUCUGGAGAGAUGCUGUGGAAAAUAUAUACUGUGAUAAGCCACCACAUCAGCCCGUUGCUAUAGAAUUAUGGAAGGCUGUCAAGAGACAUAAUCUAACUAAAAUGUGGAUCAUGAAGAUUAUUGAUGAAAGAGAGAAAAAUUUGGAUGAUAGACCAUACAGUAACAUCCAGGAACUUGAAAAAUAUGCUGAGAACACUCAGAGUGCUCUCUUGUACCUCACCUUGGAGAUGCUUGGUGUGAGGGACAUCCACGCAGACCAUGCAGCCAGUCACAUUGGGAAGGCACAAGGCAUAGUUACCUGCCUGAGAGCAACUCCUUACCACAGCACAAGACGGAAGGUCUUUCUUCCCAUGGAUAUUUGUAUGUUGCAUGGAGUUUCGCAAGAGGAUUUCAUAAGAUGCAGGCAAGAGAAGAAUGUGAGAGAUGUAAUAUAUGAUACUGCCAGCCAGGCACAUGUUCAUCUAGAACACGUGAGACUCCUCCUUUUCUCUUUUUUUUCUUUUUUUUUUCUUUUCUUUUUAAAUAAA